CGGAGAUAACAAUGGGGUACUAGUUCUAGAAGAGUGCGAGUAUUGUCAUACUGUAUGGCCAUAAUAAUAAUCAUGCAUACAAUGAAUUCCACAGUGAUGAGAUUAAGGAUCUAAAACACUGGUCAUAAAUUUUGUUCAAGCUUCAGUUGAGAGAUCUAGCGACCAUUAGAAUACCAUUGUUUAGAAACAAGUUUAGCCCAUGGAGAUCAUCACAUUUAGGAUGGUGUUGGUUUCUCUUUUACUAUGUUUUUCCAUUGGUGGUUAUGUUGUUGAGAGCGAGAACGUUUAUUAUACAAAUCACCAGGAAAUGAUGGGUGUACAACCUCUUUCAAAGAUCUCUAUGCAUGAAAUUGAACUAGAAGUUCAUGCACAAGCCUCAGUUAACGCAACUCCUCGUCUUCUCGGAUUGAAUGGACAAAGUAGUGAAUGGAUAACCGUGACAUUUAAACACCCCCAUCCCACUGCAGAUGACUGGGUCGCAGUUUUCUCUCCUGCUACAUUCAAUGCUUCAACUUAUAAGCCUAAUUACAAGCCUACUUACGAUCCAAAGUACUUAAGUCCAUUAUUGGUUACUGCCCCAAUUAAGUACAAAUUGGCGAAUGAGUCGAAUCCUGAUUACAUAAGUACGGGAUUUGGAUCGAUGAAAUUCCGUCUAAUCAAUCAAAGAUAUGAUUUUGCAUUUGGGUUAUUUUCCGGGGGACUUGACAAGCCCAAGUUGAUAGCUACUUCAAACAAUAUCUCUUUUGCCAACCCAAAGGCACCUCUUUAUCCUCGUCUUGCACUUGGAAAGGCUUGGGACGAAAUGACUGUUACUUGGACAAGUGAUUACGACAUAAACGAGGCAAUUCCUUUCGUUCAAUGGGGCCUUGCGGGUGAAUCGCAGACUCGUUCCCCAGCUGGGACAUUAACGUUCACUCAAACCAGCAUGUGUGGUCCACCUGCAAGAACUGCUGGCUGGAGAGACCCUGGCUUCUUCCACACAAGUUUCUUAAAGAACUUGUGGCCAAAUCAGAAGUAUACAUACAAAUUGGGGCAUAAAUUGACGGAUGGUACAUAUGUUUGGAGUAAACUCUACUCAUUCACUGCACCACCAUAUCCUGGACAGAAUUCUUUACAGCGUGUUAUUAUAUUUGGAGACACUGGAAAAGCAGAACGAGAUGGUUCAAAUGAGUAUAUGAAUUUCCAGCCAGGAGCUCUUAAUACAACAAAUACACUUGCCAAGGAUUUGGCAAACUAUGAUAUAGUCUUUCACAUAGGUGACUUGUCUUACGCAGACGGUUUCCUCUCUCAAUGGGAUCAAUUCACGGAAAUGGUUGAACCCAUAGCCUCUGCGGUACCCUAUAUGGUUGCUAGUGGAAACCACGAGCGAGAUUGGCCAAAUUCAGGAUCCUUUUAUGCCACACAAGACUCUGGUGGAGAAUGUGGUGUACCUGCAGAAACAAUGUUUUACGUACCAGCCGAAAAUCGUGCAAAUUACUGGUACUCUGUCGACUAUGGUAUGUUCCGCUUUUGCAUUGGUGACUCUGAACAUGACUGGAGAGAGGGGACUGAGCAGUACAAAUUCAUCGAGAAAUGUUUUGCAACAGCAGAUAGGCAAAAACAACCAUGGCUUAUUUUCGCCACUCAUCGAGUUCUUGGUUAUUCAUCCAAUGACUGGUAUGCUCAACAAGGUUCAUUCGAAGAACCCAUGGGAAGAAGUAGUCUACAGAAACUAUGGCAGAAAUACAGAGUUGAUAUUGCUUUCUAUGGCCAUGUUCACAGUUAUGAGAGAACUUGCCCAAUGUACGAGAAUAUUUGUGUGAACUCAGCUAUGAGGCACUUCUCAGGACUAUGGAAUGGAACCAUUCACGUAGUUGUUGGAGGAGGUGGAAGCCAGCUAGCAAAUUUCACAAACCUAAAGACGAGUUGGAGUUUACACAAAGAUUUCGAUUUUGGGUUCGUGAAAAUGACUGCAUUCAACCAUACAGCUCUCCUUUUUGAAUACAAGAAGAGCAGCGAUGGGAAUGUCUAUGACUCGUUCACAAUCACAAGAGAAUACAUGGACGUUCUUGCUUGCACAAUCGACAGUUGUGCACCUGUUACUUUAGCUACCUAGUUGCAUAGCAUAGUGUUGG